GCGGUAACAUGGUUUCCAGUUGCAGCAAGAUGACGCCAUGGCUGAUGGCAUUCUUCUGUCUGGUGACUGCCGGCUGCACAAACGUCACGGACCAGCAAACAUCGGAGACGCAGCAUGAUCAUCAAGUGGCGAUCUUGAAACAGAUCAGAAAGGUGAACGAAGACGGCUCUUACACGUACGGUUACGAGGCCGGCGACGGAUCAUUCAAGGAACACGUGUCGGUCGUUCAGAGCAUACCGCGCGUCAACCGCACGUUGACCACGAAGAAGCCGAGCAUCGUGUACGCCACGACGACGACGGAGGCGCCAACUAAAUCGUCGGUCGUGCAGUCGAUUCCUCGAUCGAGGAAAACUACCACCAGUACGACCACCACGACGACCAGCACUACCACCACGGAGGCCCCGAAGACGAUAUUCGGGCAUUACCUGAAAGGCACGCCGAAGAGCAGACCUCGCUUCAUCAUCAACGGUCAACAGAGGCCGAUCGUUCCGGAGGAGAUCACCGAGGACGAGGAUUCGCAGAUAAAUCGACCCACUACGGACGACAAGAGCGGCCUUUACCGUAGAAUCGUCUUCGCCAAACGACCGAUCGAGCACAGCCUGCCGCCCAUCUCCGAGGACUUUGUGGACAAAGAGGACGAGGCUAAGAUCACGACGGGGAACACCUUGAGGAGGCAACUGCAUGACGAGACCACUAAGCCGAAUCCCGCGGCAGACAACAACGACGACCACUCGGACGUCUACGGAGGUUCUCUGUCUACGACGCGUCCUCUCUUCACCACAUCAUCUCCGAACAGGGUUCUCCAAAGAGUGACCUCACGGCCGAAGAUCUACCCGAACCGGGAUAACCCGGCACGGUUCGACAACUCCAAGUACGACGGACCUCGAAUCUUCGAGACGGAGACGAAGCCCGCUGAGGAGGACCGCACGUCAGCCCAGCAGGUGCUGCUUCGCACCUCUACCAGGUUGCCGCCACCCGGCCGAGACUACGUCAGACAGGGCACCGAGCCUGUCUACGUAAGGCAGCAGCCUGAACAAUUCCUGCGGGAACUACCGCCCAGGAUAAUCCUGCCGUCGCAGCAGAGCGGCAUCGAGGAGGAGAGUGGCGUCUACCGGACGAUACCGAUCGGCAGGAUCCUCUUCCGCCCGAAUCAGCAGCCGGGCUCGGUCUACUCGACCACGACGGACGCCAAUAUCCACUACCUCACGGAGAACCCGGCCGAGCACGAGGAUGAGGCGCGGAUCACGAUGAACGGAAACUACGGGCGACCGCGUCCCCUGAUGCGACCGUUGCUCUAUCAGGAAUCCGAGCAGAGACGACCGAUCCUGCGACCGAUACCGGUAUCCGCGCACGAGAGGGACUACCAAGCGACCGAGUAUCCUUACCGCACCAAUGCCGGGCAGCUGGCCCUGCCUCCAGAGCCGCCGAACCCGAUCGCACCGCCGCUGAGCCGGCGAGACUUCCAAAUACUGCUCAGGAGGCUGCUGGUCAGCCAAUAUGGCGUGCAAGCUCUGUCCUACCCGAAGAGCUACCUCGAGGACGCGCUGUACGAUCAGCAGCCGUACCCGUCGUACCCGGCGACCUACCAGGCGCCGCGACCAGAGCUCACGUACGAUCAGCAGGUGCGAUAUGGCGAACGAGUGCCGUUGAGGCGACCGGUGUACCCUCGAGCUCUGAAUCCGCUCUAUCAACAGUACGACGACUACCACGACGGUAGGUACUCGAAGAGGGUCUACCGGCAGAAAUUCUACACGCAGGACGUGAUCGAGGACGGCGACGAGAUUCUGCCGGCGCCAAUCAGGGAAGCACUGCUACUGAGAAUGGUGAACUUGGCGAUCAAUGCCGAACGAGCGACGAUAGUGCCGACCGCCGCUGUGGUAACCAGCACCACGACGCCGUCCUCGAGUUACAGGAAAACGGGCCCGGUGAGGAGCGUGCAGAUCAUCACGGACGACGCCGAGGAGGAGAAGGACGACGUAAUGAGGAAGAAGAUGUAA